AUGGCAGCUACCAUCAGGGAACGAGUAGGAACGUUCGCUCCAGUGGACCAGGAGCCAUGCAAGACUCUCUUCCAGACUCUCAACCUGAAAAAGUUUAUAUCUGGAUACCUUUACAUCCGGCACUCAAAGUCUCACCAUAUCGCUAUGAAGAUCGAAACUGUGCAGCUCCAGCCUGAUCUCGCUCAGAUCAUGCUCGCUGCUGAAUCCUGUGGUCUCAAUUCAGUCCCUCGACCUGCUAUACCUGCAAAGGACGGCAUGUGGUGCAAAUACUGGGCUGAGCACGUGGGAUUGGCAAUACGGCUAUGGCGAGUCGCUGAAGAUAUCGCUGGUCUACCAUAUGCAACAGCUCCAACUGCUGAUGCUAUGGCUGGAAUGGAGUUGGCUCCUCACAAGAAUGUCAUCUCACUCAUCAAACUCAUGAAUCCAAAUCCAUUCGUGGUUCCUAUAGCCCAUGUACAGACAAGUAUAAUAGGUAUAAAGCAAGCAUUACCAGAAUACUUGAUUGAUCUCCCUCCGCCACCAACUCCAUACGACUCCUUCUACUCCAUCGCAACUUUGCGCGGAGCCACUUUGGUUGUAGCCGCACCAUCUUCGAUACAAGCAAACUCGUGGGUAGCUUCAAUUCGAUUGGCUAUAUACGAACUGGCCAGAUUAGAAGAAUACUUUACUUUGAGCAUCAUGAAGGAUCCACCAUUUUAUCGAAUAUGGCAAGACCGUCAAUUGACACCCUUUACCAAUACUCCACGUGAGGGAGCCAAACCCAUAAAACAUAGCGGGGUUGUGCAAGCCAUGUUUGGAAAGAAACUGGAAUGGAAAAACUAUUACGCUGUGUUAUCUACAACUCAAGUCCCACAACCACUACCGCUAGAAGAUGGUAUUCCAGAAAAGAAGAAGAAGCAACUCUUCAAAUCGAGUAGUGGUGCUCCUCCUAUGAUGAACGUCGGUCAACUCCUCUUCUUUGAAAAGAAGAUGGAAAAGUCUACAGCUGUAAAGAAAGUAGUGCAAAUCACCGAGGCCUACUUGGUUUGGCCUUCGUCGUCUGCCAUGGGUGAAUUGAGUGACUGUGCAAAUGUAUUACGAGUCGAGGGUGUCGUUAUAGAUAGGAACAAUAGCACAUUAGCAGUGCCUGGUACUACUGCUGAAGAGAAACGAACCUCGUCUCUACAAAUGGAUAACUCGCCACCAUCACGAUCACCUACUCCAGAAAAACGUCUUCGUCAUUCAGAUUCACGAGAGUCGCUUGCCACCGAUAAAUCAUUGUCUAGUCUCAACGCUACCGAUGGGAAAGUAGAAACGUUUUAUCUACGAAUGGCUGAUUCCUGGGACGCUUGUCAAUGGGCAGCAUCGUUUAUGUCAGCCUUCCAAACAGAUGCCGACUUGUAUGAAAGAGAUCGUCAGCUACGAGAAGGUCAAGUUGGUCUUAUAGAUGAUGGAACUUCGGCACCUCUCGUUAACGGACAACCACUACCUCGUCAAUCAAAUCGUGAUUCGGUGGCUGAAUCGAAACGAUCAUCAACUCCUCCUACUGUAAUCGCCAAUAACGAUGCCAUUGACGUGAUUCCAAGUGGUCGCUCCUCCGAAUCUGAAUCCGAUCACAGUGAUUCGCCUCGUAAUCCCGCAUCCAUUCCAAACUGGAUGAGGUCUCAUCGUGAAUCGAAUUCUGCAGAACAUAAAUGGGGUCUCUUGUAUCUACGAGCUUCCGAAGUGUGUAAUCUCUGCAUGGCAGGUGUAUCGCUACAAGAAUCUGUAAAGGACUUCCACUUGGCGCUGAAUGACAAGAGGGGUUAUCAUAGUCGUGGUGAAAUUAGUAAAUGGAACAACAUCGUCAAACAAGAGAGGGGUCAACGACGAACUUCUGAAUGGCACGAAGCUGAGAAUAAAGCCAUACACGUAAUAAACUGGCUCAAUCUUCAUGGUCAAGCAGCUUUCCAAGAUGAAAUAAAUGCAGCUGAUAAUGGAGCAUCAUGGGGAGAAGCACCAGCCAACCAGUUUUUGCCACAUCCAGUCUUCCCAGAAACUGUAUUUAUAAGGGCGCCUACAAAUGAUCGACCAUAUGGUAUGACUGCCGCUGAUCUCAAUCCGAGCAUGGCUGCUGCUGCUGGUCCAUCAUCAUCUUUAUUGAUGUCGCCAAUACCAGAACAAACUAGUGUACCGCCAACUCCAGCUCCUACCUCCGUGUAUAACUUACCAACUAUCCCAACAUUCUCACCAUUCCAAAGUGUGCCUACGACUCCAGCAGUCCUGGUGGUACCUGGUGGUAUAGAAGACCUCAACAUUAUCUCAAGGAAGUUGACGGAAUAUGCACCGCGUGUGCAUAGUCUAUCAGCAGUAGCACCACGUAGUCCUAUAGAAGAAGUCGCUCAACCAGUAGAAGAUGAAGCUAUUGCAUUGGCCGAACAACCACAUAUCCAGAUGAAGCCAACUGAAACACUGGAAGAUUUUUAUAUGCAAGAUGAGCAACCAGUCGCACCAACUGAUAACCAUCCUAUUGUAAUCGAAGAGCCAAAGGAGGAAGUUAAACACUUGGAAGUAAUUGCUGCUGAACCAAAACCAAGGUUAUCAAAGGAUGGUAAAGUGGUCAUCCCCCAACGUAAAUCGAUGGAGAGCCUACCACCAGCACCCAUACUAUCGGAAGAAGUUAAACGUAAGUCACUCGAACGUUUAGCAGGAGCACCCAUACUUUCGGAAGAAGCCAAACGUAAAUCACUCGAAAAUCUACCACCAGCACCUGUACUCUCAGCAGAAGCUAAACGUAAAUCACUUGAACGUCUAGUAGCGGCGGCCGUGGCGCCAGUCCUCUUGUCUGACAGUAUAGCACCGAGCAAAUCUAUAGACAAGACUAAUGAUAAGGCUACGACAUCGACAGAAGCUGUUGUGAGUCGUGGUCCAACACCACCACCUAUUCCACCACGCAGAUCCAAAGAACAACUACGAGAAGCCGCCAGAGCAUCAGCACCCAAACCAGAAGGAUACAAACCACCAGUUCCACCACGAAAGUCCAAUGAUUAUCUCAAGUCACAAAUAUCAAAGGAAAGUCUAUCGUCAAAGGAUGUUGCAGCUGGUAUUGUGGCUGCUGCGACGAAUGCUGCUGGUAGUACACAGCCUGUAGUAGCUCCAGCUUCUCAAAUGGUCGUAGCUCCACCUCGAACAGUUACUUUGAAUGAACUUAAGCCAUUGCCAACAUUCCCAGUAUUGCCGUAUGAAGGUGGUGUGAUGAAAGACGCGGUUGUUGCUGGAACUGUUGGUGGAAGGUUUACUCAACCACCACCCAGGAAUCAAUCUCGCUUGUCAACUGCUAGUGCUACAUUGACUCUCACCACUGCCGACGUUGUCAACCUUCAUAAAGCUAUAAAUGGAAUGGCAACACCACCAGUCCGAACCGAAUCAGUUGGUGUAAACAAUCAACGUGCCUCAACACAGUAUUCAGUAGCUCCCAUAUCAUCUAUUGUUACGGCUGCAAAAGCACCCAGCAAUGAUGCAGUCAACAAGAAUAACUAUACUAUAAUGUCGACCUCACCUGUUGAAGACCAUGAUUCCAUGACACCAAAAGCAGACGGAUAUUCCAUGGAUACAAUCAGAGCCAGUACAUAUUCCAAUAUGGAUACCAUAAAAGCCAGCACUCGACGACCUAGUGUAGACAAAAUGUCGAGAUCAGGAACCGUGACAUCUCUUCUAUCACCAAUCCCAACCUUCCCAGCUCUACCACGAUUGGAUGUGAAUAAUAAUAACACUAAUACUAGUAGUAAUAGCAAUAAUAGUGAACCCAUCGUAUCCCUUGAAGGCGUCUCACCCGUACCAUCUUCUGAAGGAGGCAACGACCAUGACUCUGACCACUCAUCAACUCGUGAUCCAAUGUCGCCUACUAGUAACAGCAGCAGUGGAAACGGAACUGGUACAAUCACUCGACCCAACUUGGCCGUCUUUCAUGAAUUUGGAAGUGAAGAAGAUUGGCAUCAUGCCUUUUCUUCCAUUGCACAGGGCAAAGUCGUCAAUUGGACUGGACCACAUGGUGAAACUUCAUCAGACAAUCAUCCGGGAUCAGACAAUCAUAAUGUAGCAGCUGCGCAUGCAUAA